AUCGAUUAUUACUAACUUUGAAGCCAAAAAAAAUAAAAUACAAAACUCUUCUAAAGUAGUUCCAUAAUAGAAAUGAAAAUGCUUCAAGCCAUGCUCAUAAUAUUCACAUUCUGCAUUUUUUAUACCAAUUCUUUGCCAUUAUCAACAAACGGACGAUGGAUAGUUGAUGAUACUACACAACAAAGAGUAAAGCUAGCUUGUGUAAAUUGGCCUUCACAUUUAGAACCAAUGUUAGCCGAAGGACUCGACAAGAAACCGUUAGCCUACAUCGUUUCGCAGCUCCGUUCUAGCCGAACGUUCUUCAACUGCGUCCGGUUCACAUGGGCAACCUACAUGUUCACUCGGUUUGCGAAUCUGACCGUGUCGGAAUCUCUUGAUUCUAUGAACUUAAGGGAUGCUAGAGAUGGUGUAGCUUGGUAUAAUCCUUGGAUAUUAGGUAUGACAAUUGUGCAAGCUUUUGAAGCUGUGGUUAAUGAGCUUGGAGCUCAGAAUAUAAUGGUGAUUCUUGAUAACCAGGUGAGUCGACCGGCGUGGUGCUGUAGCGAUGAUGAUGGUAAUGGGUUCGUUGGUGAUGUAGAUUUUGAUGCUGAGGAAUGGCUGCAAGGUUUAAGUAUGGUGGCAGAGCUUUUUAAGGGCAGAUCCCAGGUGAUAGCAAUAAGCACAAGAAAUGAGAUGCGAGGUCCUCAUCAAAAUGUGGAAGACUGGUAUAAAUACAUCAAACAAGCAGGAUCUAUAAUUCACAAUGCAAAUCCUGAAGUACUCAUAUUUGCUUCAGGAUUAGGUUAUGCAAGUGAUCUAACAUUCUUAAAGAACAAAUCCUUAGACACUAACUUCAAUAACAAGUUAGUGUAUGAAGCACAUUGGUAUUCACUUACUUGGGGAUGGAGAAGUACUUGGGAUUCUCAGAAUGUAAGUGAUGUCUGUAAUGGAAAUACCCAAUUCUUUAUCCACCAAACUGGGUUUGUCAUCGAUGGCGAAAAUCCCGUUCCGAUUUUUGUGGGUGAAAUUGGGUUAGAUCAGAGAGGUUUGAGCCAGACUGAAGAACAUUAUUAUUCUUGCGUUUUGGGAUAUCUUGCGGAUUUUGAUAUCGACUGGGCGUUGAGGGCGUGGCCGGGAAGCUAUUAUUAUCUUAAUGAUAGUAUUUCCCAGCAAAUUGGAAUUGGAGUGGAUGAUGCAAUGGGUGUCAUGGAUUUUAGUCCUGAGUCGUGUUAAAAAUCCACAAUUUCAGUCUAGGUUGCAGCUUAUUAAGAGCAAGCUACAAGAUAUGCAGAACCUAGAUCAAGAUCAUUCCCAUCAUACAUAAUGUUCCAUCCGCAAAGUGGAAGCUGUAUGCACACAGACGACAUGAAGUUAAUAUAUGCAACCAGUUGUGACUCUCCGUAUCGUUGGAUACAUUCCGGAGAUCGGUCUCCUAUUCAGUUCAGCGGAGCGGAACUAAUCUGUGCCUUAAAGUUGUCAGAGAUGGAGCUGAACCAAUUCUAUCUACCGACUGCUCAAGCCAGCAAAGUUUAUGGUCACAGAUAAACGGCCUUCACUUGGGUGCUGCCCCAGAUGAGAAAGGAGAAUACCUGUGCCUGCAAAAAGAAUCUCCUUACACCUCCAAAAUACUGACUACCAAAUGUAUUUUUACACAAGAUGAUCCUGCUUGUCGCAAGAAUCAGCAGAAUGACCCAACGAGUCAAUGGUUUAAACUUGUCAUGACGAAUGUUUAGUAGAACAGCAUAUUCCAAUCACAUUUAACUACUUGCUGUCAUAUGUAACACAAAACCCAUAUAAUAAAACAUCAUUUUCUGAAAAA